UUUAAAAGUUACCGAUUUUUGGAAAAGGAUUAUAGAUACAAUUACCUGGGGCGCUACGAAAUUUAUUCAUGGAUCCUGCAUGCUUUUUGACGUUUCUGAAUGAAAAGAGGAAAAAGAAAGAAAGUAACAAAAUAUUUAUUCGAGGCGAAUAACUUAUUAGGAUAAUUUUUGGUGCAACUGGAUCGAUAGGAAAUGUAAAUAAGAUAAAAAAGAAAAUCAGUGCCUUAAACGUAUGCUAUUUGAAGACAAUUGCUACCUUAAUUGAUUGUAAAUAAAUGAUGAAUAUUAUAAGAUAGUUUUUUUAUCUAAAGAGAUAAAAUAAUAAAAUUUUUUGAGACUAGUGAAAAAAAGUAUGCUAGCUUUUCUAAACCGUUUGUCAAGCUUAAUUACUAUUGCCACCUUGUCGAGUGUACGGCAAACAAGUUGGCGAUAUGGGAGGAAAAGGGAGCGUUUAGCCUUCUAAUAUAUAGGCCUAAAAUCGUUUUGCAGCGCCACGUUGCCAAGCAUUUUUUCCCGAUUCGUUGCAGGACGCUUUUCAAACUUCUAUGGCAGCCAAUUUUAGAUGAUGAGCAGCGCUAGAGCGAGGUUGGCAAGUGCGGCCCGUGGUAGAUCCUCGAGUCGUGAGAGACGAAAUCCCUCAGCUACAACAAAACCAAAGAAUGAAUCGCCAAAGAGACCGGUGAAGUCCGCUAUUAAGGCUAAGAGUGAAACUGAUAAGGCAAAAGACGUUAAAGUAGAAGGAAGUAAUGAAGCAAAGGCUAAUGCGCCAAAAAAAGUUGAAGAUGACUCAAAAAACAAAGGAGAAGUGGAUAAUGUGGAUAAAGCUGAAAGGAAGAAAGAAGAAGGCGAUAAAAGUAAAGUUCAACCGUCAACUUCUCAAAAUAAGUCCGAAAAAGUAGACACUACACCUACUGUCAAGAAAAAGGUAGAAACAAGUAGAAAACUCAACUCUGAACCAGCGAAAAACGAUGCUAAAAAAGACGGUACCAAAACUCCAUCCAUCCCACCAAAGGAUAAACCUCAUAAUGACGAUCCUAAUGCAACAGAGUCAAAAAAUAAAACUGAAUCCGAGCCUAAAAACACUAACGAAACAAUAAGUGAACCUAAGACGGAUAAAACAGAAAACAAGGAAAAGACAGAGAAAGCGGAAAAGGCUGAAAAGGCUGAAAAGGCUGAAAAGGCUGAAAAGGCUGAAAAGGUUGAAAAGGCUGAAAAACAAGAAAAACAAGAAAAAACUGACAAAACUGAUAAAAGUGAUAAAAGUGAUAAAAGUGAUAAAACUGAAAAAACUGACAAACCUGAUAAAACGAAAAAAGUUGAAUCGGAAAAAACACCACAACAGCAAACUAGUCAGAAACAAGAACAGAAAGUUGAACAAACUAAGAGUAAUACUAUCGAGAAACGAUCAAAUGGUUCUAUACCUCCUGCAAAUUUAAAGGAAUCUCCUAAGGAAGAAAAUAAAGAGCUGCAAAAAUCAUCUCCUAGACCAGCUAAAAAACUAAUUGAGGAACAGAAACAGAGAGCAACACCUCCUCCUUCUAACACAAGAUCAGCUUCGACACCAAAAUUGCCUGAAAAGAAGGAUGAUAAGAAGAAAAAAGAUGAAAAAAAACCAAAAGAUGAGAAGAAAUCAAAGGAAAAGGAUGAAAAGCAGAAUGAAAUUAAAACGGCUGAAAAGAAGGAAAGCGAGGAAAAACAAGAGGAAAAGCUACCAAUGGUGCUUGAACUCGCAAUGAAAGGAGCUUGGAGUGAAUUAGACCAAUAUCUUCGAACAGUAGCCCAGAAUCCGCUACAGGAUAUUGAUGCUCAAGAUCCGGUAUCUAAUUCAACUGCCUUAAUGAUGGCAGUUAAGGAGAACAAAAUUGUAAUAGCAGAGAGGCUGAUGGAACUGGGUGCCGACGUUAACAAACGCGAAAAGGACGCUAAAACGGCUCUCCAUUUUGCUGCUUCCUACUGCAAGGAUGAUAUGGUUAGAGCAUUACUAAAUCGUAAAGCUGAUGCAAAUUCUCGUGAUGGUGCCAAAGAACAACUACCUUUACAUAUGGCUUGUUCAAGAUCUAUUGGCGUCGUCGCCAUAGUUCAACUUCUAUUGAAGAACGCCGCCAAGGAAUCCAGGUUGAUUGAGGAUAAAGAUGGUUGCUUGCCAAUGAUGUUAGCCGCAGAAGCGGGUAAUGUAUCGGUUUGUAGGGAAUUACUCUUAAGUUUCCCAGAAGAGCAAUUAUCAUCAAGAAAGAGAGAUACCGGUGACACAAUAUUACACGUAGCAUGCAGAAAAAAAGAGUCCGAUAUGGUCAAGGCGUUUGUCGAAAAUGGAGCUCAAUUAGACGCGCAAAAUACUGACGGCCAUACACCUUUGCAUAUAUCAAGCUGGGAAGGCGACGAAACCGUUGUCAAAUACCUUGUCCAAUAUAAACCAAAUCCUAAUUUAACGGAUCAGUUCGAUAGAACACCACUUCAUCUUGCUGCUGAGAAAGGUCAUACAACUAUUGUCGAUAUACUUAUCGAUAAGUAUAGAGCUGAUAUUAACGCUCGAACGAAGGAUGGCUCAACUUUAAUGCAUGUUGCUUCUCAGUUUGGACAUCCAGAUACGGCAAUGACAUUUCUAAGGAAAGGUGUGCCUUUGCACAUGCCUAAUAAGGGUGGAGCACUUUGCUUACAUGCAGCAGCCAUGAGAGGCCAUAACUCUGUAAUUAAGGCCUUAUUAACUAAGGGAGCGUCAGUAGAUGCGACUACAAAAGAUAAAUACACAGCCUUACACGUUGCUGUAGAGCACUGCAAACCUUUAGUUGUUCAAACGUUAUUAGGUAUGGGAGCACCAGUAGAAAUAAAGGGAGGUAAAAUAAAGGAAACACCACUACAUAUUGCUUCAAGAGUUCAAGGGGGUGAAAGAUGCGCCGAAUUACUGCUAAAAAGCGGAGCUGAUGUCAAUGCCACUCAAGAGAAUGGUGAGACGGCAUUACACAUAUCUGCUCGCUACGGUCAACUAAAUAUGUGCAAAGCUCUGCUAGCCGAAGGAGCGGAUCCAACAUGGCAAUCAAAGGCAGGUGAAACACCCCUUCAUAUUUCUGUUCGCUAUUGCUGCUGGCCUGUGGCUAAUGCCCUACUCAAAUUUAUUGAAAAAGAAAAAAGUCGAUUCGAUGCAGUCGUGUUGACAAACACUCAAAAUGCGGAAGGAGAAACAGCAGUUCACUAUGCAGCUGAAAUUAAGAAAGAGAAACUUCAUCGUGAAUUCGAGGAUAUUGAUCUUAUUAAAACUCUGCUUGAAUACGAUGGAGAUACAAAUAUACAUACAAAAUUGACUCAAGAGACGCCUUUGCACUAUUGUGCUAGAGCGGGAAAUGAUGACGUACUGCUGGAAAUAGUUAAACACAUUGGACCGGGAAAGGUUCAAGUAGCAGUGAAUAAACAAGCCAAGAAUGGUUGGUCACCUCUGCUAGUAGCAAGCGAAAACGGGCAUUUAGAAAUAUUAAAAAUUCUAUUAAAGAAUCAUGCAAGAGUUGACGUAUUUGACGAACACGGGAAAGCAGCGUUGCAUUUAUCAGCCGAGCAUGGUCAUGCUAAAGUUGCCGAUCUUCUACUCCAACAUAAGGCAUUCGUUAACGCAAAAUCAAAAUUGGGUGUAACACCUUUGCAUUUGGCAGCGCAAAACGGUUACAAUGCUCUUGUUAAACUACUUAUUGAAAAUCAUUCGGCUAGUAUCGAUGCUCUAAGUUUGGCGAAACAAACUCCAUUACAUAUGGCUGCUCAAAAUGGUCAAAUGGAAGUUUGUAAUACUUUAUUAAAGAUGAAAAGUGACGCUAGUGCUACAGAUGCGCACGGACAAACUCCAUUACACUUGGCAGCAGAAAAUGACCAUUCAAAUGUAGUUAAAUUGUUUCUAAAACAUCGACCAGAGUUGGUAGGAAUGGCUAAUACUGACGAGAAUGGUAUGACUUGCGCUCAUAUUGCCGCAUCUAAAGGGAGUGUCGCAGUUAUAAGGGAAUUGAUGAGAUUUAACAAGAUCGUUGUAACAACAGCCAGAAAUAGGACAAGUGAUUCUACAACACUCCAUCUGGCGGCUGCUGGUGGACAUUCGGCUGUUGUAAGAACAUUAAUUGAUGCGGGUGCCUCCCCUGUGGAUGAGAAUAGCGAGGGAAUGACAGCAAUUCAUCUUGCUGCAAAACACGGACACACUCAAGUUCUAGAUGAACUAAAAAAAAAAAUGUCUGUCAAAGUAUCGAGUACAAAAUCCGGUUUAACUGCAUUGCAUGUCGCUGCCCAUUACGGUCAAAUAGACUUUGUCCGCGAAAUGUUAAAUAAAGUUCCGGCAACGCUACGAAGUGAAUCAGUUGAUACGGAAACGAUACAAAAUGAAUCUGGUUUUACUCCGUUGCAUUUAGCGGCUCAGUCUGGUCAUGAAGGUCUUGUCAGACUCCUUCUUAAUUCACCAGGAGUCGUUGCAGACGUACCAACAAAUCUUCAUGGAUCAUUGGCCCUUCAUCUAGCCGCUCAGUCUGGUCAUACAGCAGUUGUUUCUCUUUUAUUAAGUAAGUCUACAAGCCAAUUGCAUGUAAAGGAUAAAAAGGGUAGGACGGGACUCCAUCUUGCGGCAGCUAAUGGGCAUAUUGAUAUGGUUUCACUUUUACUGGGUCAAGGAGCAGAUAUUAAUUCGUAUGAUAAGAACGGUUGGACGGCCCUACAUUUUUGCUCGAAGGCAGGUCAUAUAGACGUUGUUAAACUUUUAAUUGAAGCUGGAGCCGGCCCGACAUACGAAACCAAAGAUGGAAAAGUAGCUCUUUGUUAUGCGGCAUCAAUGAACCAUGCCGAAGUUCUCAGCUACUUAUUAAAAAAAGAACACAACACAAGUACUUUGAUGGACGACAACAAAUUUGUUUUCGAUCUCAUGGUUGUGGGCAAGCUUAACGACAAUAAGUCGAUACAAGAAUUCGUUCUAGUUUCCCAGGCACCUGUCGAUACUGCCGUCAAAUUAUCGAGAAACUUCCGUGUUCUGGCGACAAAGGAAAAAGAGAGAGCGAAAGAUUUAUUAGCUGUCGGUGAUUUUUGCGAAGCUAUGGCAACCGAAUUGAACGCCAUAGCAGCCAGUGUGUCGUCAGCCGGAUUGAUUUUAAAGGCCGUUGAUGAAAGGGGCAUGCCUUUUUUAGAUGUUCUCAUUGAAUGUGAACAAAAAGAAGUUAUGUCGCACGCUGCUGUUCAGAAACAUCUGACGGAAGUUUGGAUGGGUAAAUUAAGCGAAUGGUCCAGCUGGAAAAUGCUUUUACUUUUUGCCAGCCUCCUUAUGCUUCCUCCUGUUUGGCUUGUCUUCUCAUUACCCAUUAAACAUAGCUUGAAUAAGAUACCGGUUAUCAAGUUUAUGAGUUAUCUUGUAUCCCAUUUCUAUUUGAUUAUACUUUUCUAUUUGGUUGCUGUAAAUCCUUUGGUUCCAAUCUGGAAAUCGGGUUCCCUAAUACCGAACUGGCAUGAAUGGCUACUUUUAGCUUGGCUAUCGGGUUUACUCGUUUCGGAACUUACUAAUCCAGGCGAUAGGGCUGGCUUAGGUUGGAUUCGCGUAUUAAUUAUCGGUAUUUGCUCGAUAGGCGUUGCGGUACAUAUUCUGGGAGCCGCCUUUUCCGGCGAUCAACGACUGCAAUGUAUUUACGCACGCAAUCAAUUCUUUGGCUUCUCUCUGCUUUUGUGUUUCGCUCAACUCCUAGAUUUUCUAUCAUUCCAUCAUUUAUUCGGUCCUUGGGCCAUCAUUAUUCGAGAUUUGAUGAAAGAUUUGACAAGAUUUCUUGUAAUAUUACUUAUAUUUAUGAUGGGCUUUACCCUACUCAUGAGUGCCAUCUAUCAACCGGUUACGGCAGAACCAGCCACCAACGCCCAAUUAGGUGAUGGAACUGGAGCAGGAGGAGCAUCUACUGAUAAUGUUUUUAAAACUUUUGAGCUUUUAUUUUUUGCUUUAUUUGGUCUUGUUGAACCAGAAAAUCUUCCACCCGUCCAUAGAAAUCCAAUAUGGACAAUUACGUUAGCCAAAGCUGUAUUUGGUAUAUACCAGAUUGUCACUAUUAUCGUUCUAAUUAAUUUACUUAUCGCUAUGAUGUCGGAUACAUAUCAAAGAAUCCAAGCUCAAUCAGAUACUGAAUGGAAAUUUGGUAGGGCAAAACUCUUCCGAAAUAUGAAUAAGACGAGUGCAACGCCGUCUCCUUUAAACCUCUUCACAAAACUAUACACAUAUCUUAGAGUGCUAUGCAAGCAUAGAAGUAAAGUCUGUUCCUCUUCAGCGCAACAGUUUAUUGACGAAGAAGAGGAUGUCGAUGGCGGAAGCGACGCCAGAAGUCUUGAAAUGGUACAUAGUGGGGGAUGGGCGAUGAGACGUAACACUCAGGUUGCGCCUGAAGGCGGGGGUGGCUUUUUAGCUGCGGGCGGAACAAAGGGCACUCAUGGUCCCCCACGAAUCGAACAAGUUGUAGAUUGGAAAUUAGUCGCCAAAAAGUUUUUGGCUUUGCAAGGAGAUGCUACGGAAGAAGAUGUAGAAAAUGAUUAUUUGUCAGUCAAAACCAAUUCAACAGUUGUCGAUGAAAGGCAAGAAUCUAACGUUUCAUAAACAUAAAAUACAUAUCUAUGUUUAUAUACUUAUACAUAUUUGCAUAAACGUAUAUUUAAGGUUAGAUUUACUCUUUAUACUUGAAUAUUUUUUAGCUGUUUAUUUCAUUUCUUUAAUACAUUCUAUUUUUGUGUCAAAUUAUGUAAAUAUUAGAGAAGAUUCGACAUCCGCCAGAAGGCGUAUUCCUAUUCCCACUUCUCCAUGCAAGCUAUCGAAGAGAAUUAAAAAGUCUAACGAUUGCCAAUAAACAAACAAAAAACGGGGUUGGAUUGUUUCGUUG